AUGGCUUCAACUUCGAAUGAUGGUCCACGAGACCCGGAGAAGGACAACAGCAUACGCGAGGCCGCGAUAGAUACUUCCGUCGUCGCAACAGACAACACAAACAGCGACAGCCCCCCGACAUCGUCUCAAGCAUCACCUACUGCAGAGAAGUCAACAACAACCCCUGCUGGACCUGACGGUGGUUUGCAGGCAUGGCUCCACAUCCUCGGGUCUUUCUUCAUCUACUUCAACACAUGGGGUCUCGUCUCAAGCUUCGGCGCCUUUCAGGCCUAUUACCAGUCUGAUCUCCUGAGCAAUAACACCGCUUUUGAGAUCUCAACCAUUGGUUCUCUACAGAAUUUCCUUAUGGUCUUCUUGGGUUUCAUCAUUGGCCCAAUUUACGACCUAGGCUACUCACGAUACCUACUCGUGGUAGGAUCCAUUCUGGUGCUGAUUGGGCUCAUCCUCCAAGCCUUUUGCCAGAACCUAUGGCAGUUCCUCCUCUGCCAGGGUCUCAUCAUCGGCCUCGGAACAGGCUGUCUGUCUACCCUGGGAGUCGCACUCCCAUCGCAAUGGUUCUCUACUAGGCUGGCACUUGCCAAUGGCAUCGCGGCAAACGGCAGCGGUGUUGGCGGUCUCGUCCUACCAGCCAUGUUUCGAGCAAUCCAGCCCAAGAUUGGCUUCCGAUGGACGGUCCUUGUCUUCGCGCUCAUCGCGCUCGUGACCCUCGGCGUAGCCAACCUCGUCAUCAAGACAUCGAAGCUCAAGAUCCCUCUCAAGCGGCGACCGCUCGUCGACAAGUCCGUCUUCCACGACCUGCCGUUCCUCCUCUUCCUUGGCGCCUGCUGUCUGCUCUUCCUGGGCAUGUACACGCCGUACGUCUACGUGCAGACCUACGCCCUCGAGAACCACAUGGCCAGCGAGAACGUCGCGCUCUACCUCCUCUCGAUGCUCAACGGUGCUUCCAUCGUCGGGCGCAUUGUCCCCAACUUCUUUGCGCCUUACAUUGGCAUCAUGAACAUGAUUGCUAGCGCCGUCUUCGUCAUGUCUAUUGCCGCUUUCUGCUUCGCGGCGACGAACAGCCAGGCUUCGCUUAUUGCCGUCACUGUGGUGUACGGCUUCUUCAGCGGAACGUUUUUCGGCUUGCAGCCGACCACGUUUGUCAAGCUUUCGGCUGACAAGAGUUACAUGGGCACCAGGUUCGGUAUGGCUUUUACUGUCAUGUCUGUGGCACUGUUGUUCGGAUCGCCCAUUGCUGGUGCGCUAUCCAGGUCGCAUGGAUACUUGAGCGGUUGGAUCUGGUCGGGAUGUUGCCUUGCGGCUAGUGGUAUGACAAUUUGCAUUGCGCGCGGGUUUGCCGGUGGCUGGAAGCUAAAUAAGGCUGUUUAA